CACGACGUAACCAACUUUACUAUUUUGCCACUUCCUUGAAUAGGAGAAGUUACAGGUCUUUGAAGAAUGGCAGAUGAACGAAAAGAUGAAGCGAAGGCACCUCACUGGACCUCAGCUCAACUAACAGAGGCAUCAGCACGUCCACAUGCACCUGAGGUUAAGGACCAAGGCGGGGCAGGGGAAGGACUUGUCCGAAGUGCCAAUGGAUUCCCAUACAGAGAGGAUGAGGAGGGAGCCUUUGGAGAGCAUGGAACACCAGGAACCUAUCCAGAUACCAAAGAGAAUGGAAUUAAUGGAGAGCUGACCUCAGCUGACAGAGAAACAGCAGAGGAGGUGUCUGCAAGGAUAGUUCAAGUAGUCACAGCUGAGGCUGUAGCAGUCCUGAAAGGUGAACAAGAGAAAGAAGCCCAGCACAGAGACCAGCCUGCAGCUCUGCCUUUAGCAGCUGAAGAGACAGCUAAUCUGCCUCCUUCUCCACCACCAUCGCCAGCCUCAGAACAGACGGUUACAGUGGAGGAAGAUUUACUUACAGCCUCGAAGAUGGAGUUUCAUGAUCAACAGGAAUUGACUCCCUCGACAGCUGAGCCUUCAGACAUGAAGGAAAAAGAGUCAAAGAUGCAAAGUAAGCCUGGUGAAGAUCUUAAACAUGCUGCCUUAGUUUCUCAGCCAGAGACAACUAAAACCUCCCCUGAUAAAAAAGACAUCCAAGGCACAGAAGUAGAAAAAGCACCUCCUGCUCUGUUUGGGCACACUCUUGGUGCCAGCCUUGAAGAAAAACCGAAAACAGAACCCAGCCUAGUAAUACCUGGCAUUGGCCUUUCUGCAGAGCCUCCAGUCCCCAAAGAACAAAAAGACUGGUUCAUUGAAAUGCCGAUGGAAACAAAAAAGGAUGAGUGGGGUUUAGCUGCUCCAAUGUCUCCUGGUCCCCUGACACCCAUGAGGGAAAAAGAUGUACUUGAGGAUAUCCCAAGGUGGGAAGGGAAACAAUUUGAUUCUCCCAUGCCAAGUCCCUUUCAAGGCGGAAGCUUCACUCUUCCUUUAGACAUCAUGAAGAAUGAAAUAGUAACGGAAGUAUCACCCUUUGCCCCUGUCCUCUUACAACCAGAAGACAAAAAAUCUCUGCAAGAAACUGGUAGUCCAGUUACUACCAAAGAGAGUUCUAAAGUUGAGGAGCCACACGAGGAUAAACCUGACAAAAUGGCAGAAAUUUCAGCCUCCGAGGCAAUUAUCUUACCCAAAGAUGCUCAUGGUCCAGCUGUGGAAGAAUACAUCAUGGAGAACAUUUUAGGGGAAGAAAAGGAGACCACAAGUCAAGAGAAAAAAGAGACUCCCAUCCCUAGUGGACAGGAACCGACACUUACUGAAAAGGAACCUCAGCCAAAGCUUGAAGAAAAAGUGACCAUUUCUGAUAAAGAAGCUGCACCAAAAGAGAAUGAACCCCCAAAACAGAGAGAUGAAGAAAUAAGUGUGAUUCAGCCCUCCACGGAGCUCUCUUCCUCAAAAGAAGAACAGAAAGACCAAGAGUAUACCACAGAUAUGUUAAAACAGGACUCCUUCCCUGCAAGUUUGGAGCCAGCUUUUACAGAUUCAGCCAUGACCUCCAAGACCUCGGAAAAAGUCACAACUGAGCCAGCUGUAGUAAGUGAAAAGAGUGCAUCCCAGGAACUUUUUGAGGAGAAAGUUGCUGGCAAAGAUAAGGUUGAAGGAGUUGAGGCUGCAACAUCUGCUGAGGUUGAAAUGCCAUUUUAUGAAGAUAAGUCAGGAAUGUCUAAGUACUUUGAAACAUCUGCCUUGAAAGAAGAAACGACAAAAAGCAUUGAGCUGGGCAGUGAUUACUAUGAACUGAGUGACACAAGAGAAAGUGCCCGUGAGUCCACUGAUACCGUACCUUCCGUGCACCCAAAUGGUGACAAGGAAUUUCAAGCAGGAAAAGAAUCCCAGCCCAGUGCUCCAGUACAAGAAGCAGGGUACAGCACUCUUGCUCAGAGUUACCCAUCUGAUUUACCCGAAGAACCCAGUUCUCCUCAAGAGAGGAUGUUCACUAUCGAUCCAAAAGUAUAUGGGGAGAAAAGGGACCUCCACAGUAAGAAUAAGGAUGAUCUGACACUUAGCAGAAGCUUAGGGCUUGGUGGUAGAUCUGCAAUAGAACAAAGAAGCAUGUCAAUCAAUUUGCCCAUGUCUUGCCUGGAUUCCAUAGCCCUUGGGUUUAACUUUGGCCGGGGCCAUGAUCUUUCUCCUCUGGCUUCUGAUAUUCUAACCAACACUAGUGGAAGUAUGGAUGAAGGGGAUGAUUACCUCCCAGCCACCACACCUGCAGUGGAUAAAGCCCCUUGCUUCCCAACAGAAAGCAAAGAGGAAGAGGAAAAGAUAGAGGAAGACAAAGCUACUACUACUUCACAGCAAAGUGCUCAAGUUGAGACAUCCUGUGAGUCACCUUUAGCCAAAGAUUAUUACAAAAAUGGUACGGUCAUGGCCCCUGAUCUGCCUGAAAUGCUAGAUCUCGCAGGCACUAGGUCCAGGUUAGCUUCUGUGAGUGCUGAUGCUGAGGUUGCCAGGCGGAAAUCGGUCCCAUCAGAGACCAUGAUUGAGGAGAGCAGUACUGGCUUGGCACCUGUAACUGAUGAAAACCACGUCAUUGUGAAAACAGACAGUCAGCUCGAAGACCUGGGAUACUGUGUGUUCAAUAAAUACACAGUCCCACUCCCAUCACCUGUUCAAGACAGUGAGAACUUAUCAGGAGAGAGUGGUUCCUUUUAUGAAGGAACUGAUGAUAAAGUUCGAAGGGAUUUGGCCACAGACCUGUCAUUGAUUGAAGUGAAACUGGCAGCUGCCGGAAGAGUCAAAGAUGAGUUCAGUGCUGAGAAAGAAGUAUCAUCACCUACCCCUGGUGACAAAUCUGAACUGGGUAGGGAGUUUGACCAGGACAGAAAAGCUAAUGACAAGCUGGAUACCGUCCUAGAGAAGAGUGAAGAGCAUGCUGACUCAAAAGAACUUGCCAAGGAAACAGAAGAGGCUGGUGCUGAAGUCGAGAUACUUGGAUCAGGAGUAACCUUUGAUCAAGCUUCCACCAAAGAACUGACAAUAGCAAAAGAGACAUCACCUGAGAAAGCCGAGAAAGGUCUUAGUUCAGUGCCAGAGGUAGCUGAGGUAGAACUAUCCAAAAAGGCUGAACAAGGACUGGAUUUUGCCUCAAAGAAAGCUGAUGAGGGUCAGUUAGAUGUUAAAAUCAGUGACUUUGGACAGAUGGCUGCAGGGCUGAAUGUAGAUGUGGAAAAGGCCACAGAGCUUCAACUCGAGGCUACACAGGAGCUGACCCCUUCAUCCAAAGCACCUCAGGUGGCAGAUGCAUUCAUGGGUGUUGAACCUGGCCACGUGAAAGAAAGUGCCAAAGUUAAUGAGACAGAAGUCAAAGAGAAGGUGGCGAAGCCUGACUUGGUGCACCAGGAGGCUGUAGACAAAGAGGAGUCUUACGAGUCUAGCGGUGAGCAUGAAAGCCUCACCAUGGAGUCCUUGAAACCUGAUGAAGGCAAGAAGGAAACAUCUCCAGAGUCAUCUCUAAUUCAAGAUGAAAUCGCCAUCAAAUUGUCUGUGGAAAUCCCUUGCCCACCUGCUGUUUCAGAGGCUGAUUCAGCCACAGAUGAGAGAACUGAUGUCCAGAUGGAAUUUAUUCAGCCACCAGAGGAAGAAAGCAAAGAGACCCCAGAUGUAUCUGUCAUGCCCUCUGAUGUUCCCCAGCCUCAGCUUGAAGCAAUUGUGUCUGAACCAGCAGAAGCUCAGAGUGAGGAAGAAGAGAUAGAAGCCCAGGGAGACUAUGAUAAACUGCUCUUCCGUUCAGACACCCUUCAGAUUACCGACCUGGGUGUCCCAGGGGGCCGGGAGGAGUUUGUGGAGACCUGCCCAGGUGAACACAAAGGAGUGAUUGAAUCUGUGGUGACCAUUGAGGAUGAUUUCAUCACUGUAGUGCAAACCACAACUGAUGACGGGGAGUCAGGAUCUCACAGCGUCCGGUUCGCAGCCCUAGAGCAGCUCGAGGUGGAAAGACCAUCCCCUCAUGAUGAAGAAGAACUUGAAGUAGAAGUGGCAGCCGAAGCCCAGGCAGAACCCAAGGAGGGCUCCCCAGAGGCUCCAGCUUCCCCUGAAAGAGAAGAGGUGGCCUUCUCUGAAUAUAAGACAGAAACCUGUGAUGAUUACAAAGACGAGACUACCAUCGAUGACUCCAUCAUGGAUGCUGACAGCCUGUGGGUGGACACACAAGAUGAUGAUAGGAGCAUCAUGACAGAACAGUUAGAAACUAUUCCUAAAGAGGAGAAAGCUGAAAAAGAAGCUCGGAGACCAUCUCUCGAGAAACAUAGAAAAGAAAAGCCUUUUAAAACCGGGAGAGGCAGAAUUUCCACUCCUGAAAGAAAAAUAGCUAAAAAGGAGCCUAGCACAGUCUCCAGGGAUGAAGUGAGAAGGAAAAAAGCAGUUUAUAAGAAGGCUGAACUUGCUAAAAAAACAGAAGUUCAGGCCCACUCUCCCUCCAGGAAAUUCAUUUUAAAACCUGCUAUCAAAUAUACUAGACCAACUCAUCUCUCCUGUGUUAAGCGGAAAACGACAGCAACAGGAGGUGAAUCAACUCAGACUCCCAGUGCUUUUAAACAGGCAAAGGACAAAGUCUCUGAUGGAGUAACCAAGAGCCCAGAAAAGCGCUCUUCUCUCCCAAGACCUUCCUCCAUUCUCCCUCCUCGCAGGGGUGUAUCAGGAGACAGAGAGGAGAACUCCUUCUCCCUCAACAGUUCCAUCUCCUCAUCAGCUCGACGGACUACCAGGUCAGAGCCAAUUCGCAGAGCAGGAAAAAGCGGCACCUCAACCCCCACUACUCCUGGAUCCACUGCCAUCACUCCUGGCACCCCACCAAGUUACUCUUCACGCACCCCAGGCACUCCUGGAACCCCCAGCUACCCCAGGACCCCUCACACACCAGGAACCCCCAAAUCUGCCAUCCUAGUGCCCAGUGAGAAGAAAGUCGCCAUCAUUCGUACUCCUCCAAAGUCUCCUGCUACUCCCAAGCAACUUCGUCUUAUUAACCAACCACUGCCAGACCUGAAGAAUGUCAAAUCCAAAAUUGGAUCGACAGACAACAUCAAAUACCAGCCCAAAGGGGGACAGGUACAAAUUGUUACCAAGAAGAUAGACUUAAGCCAUGUGACAUCCAAAUGUGGCUCUCUGAAGAAUAUUCGCCACAGGCCAGGUGGUGGACGUGUGAAAAUAGAGAGUGUAAAGCUGGAUUUCAAAGAAAAGGCCCAAGCUAAAGUCGGUUCACUUGACAAUGCCCACCACGUGCCUGGAGGUGGUAAUGUCAAGAUUGACAGCCAAAAGUUGAACUUCAGAGAGCAUGCGAAGGCCCGUGUGGACCAUGGGGCUGAGAUCAUUACCCAGUCCCCAGGCAGGUCCAGUGUGGCAUCGCCCAGAAGGCUCAGCAAUGUCUCCUCUUCUGGAAGCAUCAACCUGCUCGAAUCUCCUCAGCUUGCCACUUUGGCAGAGGAUGUCACUGCUGCACUUGCUAAGCAGGGCUUAUGAAUAA